AUGGAAGAAACCGGCAUUGAUCCAGGAACGGCAACGAAGAGGAAGAGGAAGCAUCGUGAGUUCGACUUCUCGCGUUAUCCAAAACACCGCAUCGCACUGAUGUUCCUCUACUUUGGCUGGGAAUAUGACGGACUGGUUGAAGAAGAACUGAAUAAAGCGCUUAUCAAGACGAAACUUAUUGAAAACUGGGAGAAUUGUGGCUGGAAUCGAAGUGGUCGAACCGAUAAGGGUGUCUCGGCGUUCAAACAGAUUGCUUCGCUCAUCGUAAGGUCGACAGGUGGGCAUGAGAAUGCUUUGUGCGCCACAGAUGGUUCAGGUGGUACAGCAACAGCUGAAAAACAGGAACUGCCAUAUACUAAAAUGUUAAACGGUACAUUGCCGAAGAGUAUUCGGGUACUUGCAUGGGCACCAGUACCCGAGGAUUUCAGCGCCAGGCAUCAGUGCACUCAACGUACCUACACUUACCUCUUCCCGAAAGGAAAUUUUAAUAUACAGGCAAUGCAAAAGGCUUGCGAUUUAUUGGUUGGUGAGCAUGAUUUUCGUAAUUUUUGCCGUAUUGAUAUGAACAAAGAACGCGUGGAAAUGAGCUAUAUAAUCAGUGAAUUGUUGGACAUCAAUUUGACACCCUCGAAACCAGCCUAUGGACUAAGCCCAGCUUCACCUCUGUGCCUGUUCGACUGUGCAUACGAUGGAAUCGAACUGUCCUGGAGGUGGGACACAGAGUCGCUGAAAUCCGUACGAGCACAUAUCUUGAAGUUGUGGGCCGAGUACCAGUCGAGAUCGAUUAUGUUGCGGAAUAUGGCUGAAAGCAUUGGUCUUUUAAUAACUGAUGAGGACUGCGGCACCAAUGCCCUGAAUGGCUACCUGAGGCCAGCUGUAACAUCAAACAAAGUUUAUGUGCCGAUCAGAAAACGUGGAACCUGUGAUGCGCUGGAGUUGAAGCAAGAGAAAAUUCGCAGGAAAAUGGCAAAACUGAAAAAUACUGGCUUGCCAUCGUAG